UCUAUUAUAGAGAAUUGCUCUCUUCUAUUCAUAAUCUUGAUUCACAAUAAAGAUGUUUUUGAUAAACUUCUCGAAGGGAAUGAUAGUCUGAUAGGCUACCAUUUUGGUAUUGGAGUAGUUGCUUGAGCCAACAUUGGUUGUUAUUAAUGGAAGACCGAAAAACUCUUGUUGACACAGAUUACAAGAAGGUGCUUUGCAAGUUGGGCACAUUACUCAACAACACUAACUUAUUUAUAAACAGAUAUAAUUUAUAAGGCCAACAGCUCGUUUGAAAACCUCGUUUACCUGUCUCUUAGAAUCCCUUUACAUUGUUAAAAACAAAUACAGAUGCAAACGUGACUCGAUAUUUGAACCCAUGAUCUUGAAAAAGAGAUGGGAUGGUGUAACCACACCAUUUUUUACCUCAUCUCUGGAAUCUUUGCUAGGGAGAAAAAGUGGCUAUCAUUUCCAACCUGAAGGUGAUUAAUAAUUAUGUUGUCAACCUACAUGGACUAGUACUGGAACCUUGCUAUUGCAAGUCAACUUUUAUUGAAGCAAAUUUAUCUCGAUGUUGGAAGCUACUGGAUGCGAAAAUCUCUCUCAGCCAACUACCUCAAGUAUAGUUGCUAGGGAAAGGAUUGCUUCAUCUUCAGCUGAUUCAGUGUGUGCAUUCACUGCUCGUUUUAACCAGAAGUUGGAACAAAAAACAGAACGGAAUAAUAGUGCCUUUGGUGAAGAGCUUUCGAUUUUGGGACACUGUGAUAAUCGGAGACAAAGAUCUAAUGGCAAGUUAUCACCAAAAGUAAAACAGAAGGGUCAAACAUCAUCCAGACAGCAGCCAUUCAAAUGUGUCAACAGUCUUUCUACUGAUGUACAUCAAAAAGUUUCUUCAGUUGCUGCCCAAAGUAGUAAACGUUCCGAUCAUAUUGAUUUUCAUGUCAGUGAAUGGCAGCCUGAGUGUUUUGGGAAGAAGGAUGAUUCUGAAGUUCAGCAUUCAGAUACUCCGAUGCCUCAAAAGCGGCAGACCAUUGUAGUUGUUGAUGAGGAGGAAGCUUUAGCAAUGAAAAUACCCAAACACGAUGACAAAUGCAUGAAAGAGGCCAAAAUCUACUACCCGUCGAGGGAUGAUCCAGAAUCCGUUGAAAUUUGUUUUGAGGACAUUAAGUGUCUUGAUCCAGAGGGUUAUUUGACUUCAACGAUCAUGAACUUUUAUAUUCGGUAUUUACAACAACGAGCACUUCCCGCAAAUAAGGUGACAUGCAAUUAUCACUUUUUCAAUACCUAUUUUUAUGAAAAGCUAAAGGAGGCUGUGUCAAACAAGGGGAAGGACAGAGAUAAUUUUUUUGUCAAGUUCAGAAGGUGGUGGAAAGGCGUUAAUAUAUUUCAGAAAGCAUAUAUACUGAUUCCAAUCCACGAGGAUCUCCACUGGAGUUUGGUGAUUAUAUGUUUUCCACAGAAGGAUGAUGAAUCGAGACCCAUUAUACUUCAUUUGGAUUCACUAAGACUACACUCUAGCAGAUCAAUUUUUGAUAACAUUAAAAGUUUUGUAAAAGAGGAAUGGUGCUACUUGGAUCGAGAAGUUGCUGAUUCAGAUCUUCCAAUGCCGUAUAGACUAUGGAAAAACAUCUCUCGAAGAAUUGAAGAGAAAAUAAUCGAGGUUCCUCAGCAAAAGAACGAUUGUGAUUGUGGUCUCUUCGUUCUAUACUUCAUAGAGCGCUUCAUCGAAGAGGCUCCUGAUAGGCUAAAAAGGAAGGACUUAGAUAUGUUUGGCAAGCGGUGGUUCAAACCCCAAGAAGCUUCCAGCUUGAGGACGAAGAUAAGAUGUUUGCUUAAAGUAGAGUUCCAAAAUGAGAAAAAGCGAUGUCUGCCAGAUCCUGUGGGGAGCUCUUCCUCCGACCACGCUCCAAAACAAUGAAUUGGCAGGUUUUUUGUAUGGUUCAAGAAAUAGUUCACUUGGGAUUGGGCUAUACCAUCCUCUAUUGUCCUUGGCUAGUGAAGUUAAAGCAAUCACCCUGUUGCCGUCCUAUCAACCAACCGAUUUUAGGUAUGAUUUUUUUUUCAACAAAUUCAGAAAUGUAAAGCCUCACAAGUGUCUGCAAUAAGUUGAAAUUACAUGGUGGGUUGUUAGGGUCACAUCAUAACACUAAGAAAUCAAAUUAGACGAGCUAAAAAAAGCUCAUCACUUGAUUUGAUUUCUAAGGACGUGAGGAACAAACCCAAAGGUUAGGCGUAUAGUGGACUUGGAGUAAAUCUGUUCAUAGGAUAUUGUUAGUUAGACUGCUCCCAGUCCGAGCCUUCUUGGAUGAUAUGCCUGUUAAACAUAUUUUUAUCCAGUAAAAAGUGCUGUUGGUUAAAUGGAAUGUACACAACCUUUGUCCUUGAACUUAUGAAAGGAUUAAAAUAAUUUCUUGCAUUUAAAA